ACGGUGUCAGAACGCUAUGGAUAAAAGCUUCGUUGGGUGCGGGGCAACAAUCUAUACGCUCUGAGCUUGAAAUCAUGAAGGAUCGCCGAGGAUCAGCAUGGCCCAGUCAGCAAUUUGGCUUAAUAAAUAACAAUGCAAUGGAUAUCUCGACCUACCAAUCAUAGUCUCGGGAGUCUCCCCAUCCGAUGGGUUGCAGCAUUAUGUUAGGUCAUAUUAUUUUCAGACAGCCUUCCAGAACUUCUUGCAUUGGAACAAGGUUUAACAAGCAAGCAUGAUAUCUGGUUGGUCAAUACGAAGUUCCGGAGCAAUACAUAGGAUGGCAGCCUUAGCCCCCCAUGCUACUUGCCAUAUGGUUUCCCACAGAUCUUGGGAUGAGCGACAAGGGAUGACAGAGGACAAAGGUUAGAAAAUUUAUAUCCUGAGUGGGAUGACGGUAAGCACAGACAGUUUUUGAUAUAUUGAUUGGCGUUGGCGUUUGUGUUUGGGUCGGUAUAUAAAGUCUGGCAAAUAAUCACCUUUGAUUAUUACUCUGACUCUUCACACCAUUCUCUCUGUCCUCUCUAUCUUUCCCUCCUCUCCAUCCUCUCCAUCCUCUACUCUUUUCCAAACCUCCUUCCUCCGAUCUUCAAGCAACUGCAAACAUUCAAAUGGCCAUCUUCAAAAUCACCCCAUUGCUUCUGGCUGCCGUCACAAGCUUUUUCUCCCUUGGAGCUUUUGCUGAGACAAACUCUACUUCAUCUGUCACCAUCAACAGUGUCACAUACAAGAGUGUUGAGCAUAUCGACAGAGAUGUGGUUGUAGUUGGUGGAGGAUCCUCCGGAACUUAUGCUGCAAUUAGUCUACUGGACGCAGGCAAGACUGUGGCAGUCAUUGAUAAUCAAGAUCGUAUGGGAGGCCAUACAAAUACCUAUACCGAUCCUAAAACUGGUCUUACUGAAGACUAUGGAGUUAGUAUCUUCCACAACGUCGAAAUUGUCAAAAGCUAUGCCGCACGUCUCAACAUCACCUUGACAGCGUCUGGCACAUCAACUCUAUCUACCGUCUAUGCAGAUUUCCGAACUGGUCUUGAGAAUAGCACCUACUCAACCGCCAGUUUCACCACUGGUCUUGCACUCUACAUAGCACAAUUGCAGAAAUAUCCUUAUGUCGAAACUGGCUUUGAAUUGCCAAACCCAGUACCUGAAGAUCUUCUUCUCACCUUUGGAGACUUUGCAAUCAAAUACAACCUCGGCAAUGACUUUCUCGGAUUUUUAUUCAGUUUUGCUGAAGGUCUCGGAGAUCUGUUGUCAAAGCCUACUUUGUACGUUUUCAAGAGCUUUGGUAUGGGAGUUAUCGACUGUCUUACCACUGGCUUCUUGGGUACCGCUGCACAUGACACCAGUUCGAUUUACGAACACGCCCAAGCAAUUAUCGGUGACGACAGCAUUUUCCUUAGCUCCACAAUUGUGGCAGUUAAUCGCAAUGGUGACUGUGCCCAAGUUCUCAUUAAAACACCUUCUGGAUACAAGUUUAUUAAUGCCAAGAAAUUGGUCUUCACCAUUCCUCCAAAGAUUGAAAACCUUUCAGGAUGGGAUCUCAGCACUUCAGAACGAACUCUCUUUUCACAAUUCAACAACACCGGAUACUACGUCGGUGUCUUUGGCAACACUGGUCUCCCAACUGGUCUCUCUGUCGUCAACGUCGCCGAAAACACCACUUACGGAUACCCACCCCUACCAGCCGCUUAUGCAAUUAACCCCACUACCAUUCCAGGCGUCUUCAACCUCUACUAUGCUUCCCCAGUCUCUCUCACCGAUAAGGAAGUCCGCGCCGCCAUGCUUACCGAAGUCAAAAAGCUUCAAGUCUCAGGUAUGACUAAGAGCAGCCCUGAGCUCCUCGCAUACACCAGACAUACACCUUUUGAAUUAUGGGUGCCGGCUGAAGCUAUCGCGGCCGGUUUCUACAGCAAAUUAUAUGCGCUUCAGGGACAGAGAAAUACUUUCUAUACUGGAGCUGCUUUUCAUACGCAUGAUUCGACUUUGUUGUGGCAGUUUACUCAGACGUUGAUUCCUAAGAUUACUGCGUCUUUGUCGUGAUGGGUUGGAGUAAGGUACUUGGUAAUCUGAGAGUGUGUUCUAUUUUAUUGCUGAGUGGAGAAUCAAUAAUGAAAUGGAUCUUAGUUUGAGGUAACAGACUGUUCUUUCUUUGCAUAAAUGUCUAAUGAAUUGAUGGGUUGAAUACAUGAAAGUAUGGAUGUAUGGAGGUAUGGUAGUCGAAAAGAGAAAGGCAGACAGCUUGAAUAUAUAUA